AUAAACGUUAUAAAGACUCAAUAAACCACUUAGAAACAAAUGAAGGAGAAUGAUCAAUUUUUAUUCCCUUAAAAGAUAUACUUAUAUUACCACCGGUCUUUACAUGUUGCAUGUUUUAAUGCAAAAUUAAAUGUAGGACUUUUAUGCAGUUACUUACCCAUUUAGACUAACACCAUUUUGAUGGGUGAACAGACAGAAAGGAAAACAAAUAAUAAGGCCCACAAUUGUUUAUUGAUUAUGUGAAAAUUAAAUCAUAUUUUGUCAAUAAAUCUGAGCAGGAAACAAACCCUGACAAACAGAGCUGCAGUGAGAGGAAACAGGAAACACUAGAAACAGGAAAACUUCAAAGCCACAUGGAUCAGAUCAAAGUGGAAGUUUGAUCAGAGCUGCAGUCGAGACAAAUUUCUGUGUUUCUGUCUAAAGAAAAACUAAAUAGAGUUGAUCAGGAUUUCCUCAACAACUGCUCAGAUACUGUGUGUCGACAUGUCUGCUGCCAACUGUCUACUAUCUGAAGAUCAGUUCCUGUGCUCCAUCUGUCUGGAUGUGUUCACUGAUCCAGUCAGUACACCAUGUGGACACAACUUCUGUAAGAACUGCAUCACUACACACUGGGACAAUAAUGUCCCAUGUCAGUGUCCCAUGUGUAAAAAGGUUUUUAAAAGAAGACCUAAGCUUCACAUCAACACUUUCAUCUCUGAGGUUGUUGCUCAGUUCAAACUUGAAGCUCAACAGAAAACCAGCAGCAGCAGCUCAGAGCAACAAGUUUCCAAACCAGUAGAAGUUCCCUGUGACGUCUGCACUGGAACCAAACUGAAGGCCCUGAAGUCCUGCCUGGUGUGUCUGACCUCCUACUGUGAGACUCACCUGGAGCCUCACCUGACAGUGUCACGCCUGAAAAGACAUCAGCUGAUCGACCCUGUGGAGAACCUGGAAGACAGGAUGUGUACGAAGCACGAUAAACCUCUGGAGCUGUUCUGUCAGACCGACCAGACAUGUGUCUGCGUGCUCUGCUCUGUUUUAGACCACAAGACACAUGAGUUUGUUCCUCUGAAAGAAGGAUAUGAAGGAAAGAAGGCAGAGCUGGAGAAGACAGAGGCUGAAAUUCAGCAAAUGAUCCAGAAGAGACGAGUGAAGAUUCAGGAGAUCAAACACUCAGUCAAGAUCAGUAAAGAUGAUGCAGACAGAGAGAAAGCAGAAGGUGUUCAGGUCUUCACUGCUCUGAAGGAGUCUGUUGACAGAGGCCUGAACCAGCUCAUAAAGGAGAUCGAAGACAAACAGAAAACCACAGACAAACAGGCUGAAGACUUCAUCACAGAGCUGGAACAGGAAAUCUCUGAGCUGAUGAAGAGAAGCACUGAGGUGGAGCAGCUCUCACUCUCUGAAGACCACCUCCACCUCCUCCAAAGCUUCCCAUCCCUGAAAGCUGCUCCACCCACCAAGGACUGGACACAGGUCAGAGUCCGUCCACCAUCAUAUGAGAGGACUGUGGUGAGAGCUGUGGCUCAGCUGGAGGAGACGCUCAGUGAAGAGAUGAAGAAGCUGUUUGAGGCUGAGCUGAAGAGGGUCCAGCAGUAUGCAGAGGAUGUGACUCUGGAUCCUGAUACAGCAUAUCCUAAACUCAUCCUGUCUGAUGAUGGAAAACAAGUUCACUGUGGUGAUGUGAGGAAGAAUCUCCGAGACAACCCAGAGAGAUUUUCUUACUGUGUUUUUGUCUUAGGAAAGCAGAGUUUCUCUUCAGGCAGAUUUUACUUUGAGGUUCAGGUUAAAGGAAAGACUAAGUGGAAUUUAGGAGUGGCCAGAGAGUCGAUCAACAGGAAGGGAGACAUCACACUGAGACCUCAGAAUGGUUACUGGACGAUAUGGUUGAGAAAUGGAAAUGAUUACAAAGCUCUUGCUGACCCUCCAGUCCGUCUCACUCUGAAGUCUCAGCCUGAGAAGGUGGGGGUGUUUGUGGAUCAUGAGGAGGGUCUGGUCUCCUUUUAUGACGUAGCUGCUGCAGCUCUCAUCUACUCCUUUACUGGCUGCUCCUUCACUGAGAAACUCUACCCAUACAUAGGUCCCUGUAAUAAUGAUGGUGGUAAAAACUCCGCCCCUCUGAUCAUCUGUCCUGUCAAUCAAACUGUCUGAUCUUUAUUAUGUUGAAACAUUGACAACAAUCAAUACACUUAUUAAAUGAAUCUUUACAUUGUAUGUCUACAGUGUAAAUAUACAUCAGACACAGUAUUUAUACUAAAAUAGUGUCUCAGGUGUAAAUACUAGGAUUCCAGUUGGUUAGAGACAUAAAAACAAACCAAACAAUGACAAACUGAUCAGUUUUUAAAUUCAACAUUUCACUGUCAUUUAUGGAAACUAAUGCAGACACUCAGUGGUAAUGUACAGUGCAAACAUGUUUUCAUCUGAGUAUAAUUAAUGUGUUCAUUUAUCAUGUCACUGUUGUAUUUACUGUGUGGUGGAUUUGUAUCAUUUACUGCUUCAGAGGCGUCUCAGAGUUACAACAUGAACAGAAAGAGUAAAAUUUGAGGAAAUGAUCAGAGUUCAAGAGAUUUUUCAGUUCAGUGUAAUCUCAUCUAAUAACUGCAACAGCUUUUUGUAAGAAUCAAUGAGAGACAUUUGUAAAACAUUACAACAUGUCAGGUUUUAAUAUUUCUAUAAUGUCUUAUGAUUGUUUUAAAAUUGUUGAUAUAUAUAUAUAUUUUUUUUUUUUGUCAUUUUUUUGGCCAGUUUUUGCCUUUGGACAGGAAAGAUGUGGAGUGAGAGGGGAUGACAUGCAGCAAAGAGCCAUGGGUCAGACCCAAAUCCAUGCAGUAAGGACUGAGUCCGAGUGGUACACGCUCUACCAGUUGAGCCACAGAAGCGACCCAAAACUGUUGAUUUGUUAAAAUAAUUCCUUAAGAGCAGAUUGUGAAUGAAGCAGGAGUCUGUAAUCUGUGUUUCUCACAUUAAAAAAUAAAUGUAAAAAG